AAAAUAUAAAAAUUGACUUGGAUCAUUCUAUUGCAUACAGGUUCAGUACCUAUACAGGAAAGUUUUUCUCAAGUCAAACUGGACUCGGCAGCAUCGUUACGCAUGCACAAUAUACCACAGUUUUUGGGAAAUCAAUCCCAUACUCGAAUGGUAGCAUUGCCUCGUACAAGCAUAGACUCAAAUAAUAGUGUAGUGCAAGUUCCUUUGGAACCCAUUCCUACUGGCCAGUCGGUAAUACCUCUGACUACGUCAACCAGUAGAUAUUUUCUUCGACCUCGAAGAAUAACUAAAAAACAAAAUUCAUUUAUAACUCCCGGGUCGUAUGAGUCUGACUCGCAGUCCUCAGCAACUCCUUUGACUUCAGUGGCAUUGGCAGCUGAGUGCACACUUGACACAGGCGCGAUAUUUAAUCAUGGCGGUUUGAUGUAUACGGUUGGUUCUGCUGCUGCUCCCUAUUUAAUCCCUGCCUAUCCGAUUGGCUGCAAUUCGAUUUCUGUAAAUGGCACUCCUCAGCAACUAUCAACACAUUUGGAGAAUUAUCAAACAAAUAUCUCUAUGCAUACUGCCAGAACCCAGCCAACAUCUCGCCAAUCCAAACCACGUCUGCAGCUAAAACAAAAAAAGAGUACUAUACUAACGAUGGAUGUUCCUACAAAGCGUGUAGUUGUGAGCAAGACAACCACCAGUAAAAAACAGCACGACAAUUCUGGGCUACCAAAACAACAGUCCAAGAGACAGAAACUAAAGACACAGGAUGUAGAUGAUGCUGACGGUCAUUUGUGCAUUCGUAUUUAUGAUUACAUUACCCCACGAUUUCAAAUUUUAAAACUACUAGGCCAAGGCACAUUUGGAAAAGUAGUUGAAGCCUUUGAUAAACAUCAAAACAAACGUGUUGCCAUUAAAAUUAUCAAGGCAAUCCCUAAAUAUCGAGAAGCAGCGAAAAUUGAGCUCAAUGUACUUGAAUUGAUAGAAUUACACGAUCCAGGCAACUCCAAACGAUGCAUUCAUCUUCGUGAGACUUUUGAAUUUCAUAACCACAUCUGCAUGGUAUUUGAUCUUUUGAGUCAAAGUCUAUUUGACUACUUCAAAGCAAACUUUUUUUCUCCGUUUUCUACAUUGCAUAUUCAGUCGUUUGCUCAUCAGAUUUUGGUAGCAGCAGCAUACCUUCAUAGUCUGGGUAUUACUCAUACUGAUUUAAAGCCUGAAAAUUUGAUGCUUGAAAGUACUGAAUCCCGUCAAAUAUUGUUUGAACGGCAUUCUUUAAAACCACCCUGUCGCGCACUGAUUAAUACCGGGCUUAUGCUUAUAGAUUUUGGCAGUGCUACGUUAAAACAGGAUUUCCAUAGUAAUAUUGUGUCUACUCGGCAUUACCGAGCGCCAGAAAUUAUUCUUGGUGUCAAAUGGUCAUAUCCCUGCGAUGUGUGGUCUAUUGGCUGCAUUUUGGCAGAGCUUUACAUUGGAAAAGCACUCUUUCAAACUCAUGACAAUUUGGAGCAUCUACGAAUGAUGGAGAUUGUGCUUGGUAAAUUUCCAUCCAGUAUGGUUUGCAGAAGCCCUUCUGCCAAUCAAUUUUUUAACAAGCAGGGGUUUGUCAAGUACCCAAAUACCCACACUGAUUCAAAAUCCAUCGAGUUUGUUUCUCUUGUGAGACCAUUAACUAGUAUUAUUAAUGGGAGCGACGAGUUAUCACAAAAACUGUUGGACUUGCUUCAGAAGAUGUUAGCUAUAGAUCCGAAUACGCGAAUCUCGGCAAAGAAUGCCUUACACCAUCCACUCUUUGCUGAUAUUUCAAUUUAA